AUGUUAAAGGGCAUGGAAGAUAAUGGACCAAGUUUUGAGACACCAGGAAUUUUUUAUGAGAUGGUUUGGAGUAGUCGGACACCAGAGGUCACAAACAUCAGCAAACACCCAAACAAGUUUCUCCCCACCCUUUUAAAGGCCACAGAAGAUGAUGGACCAAGUCUUGAGACACCAGGAAUUUUUUAUGAGGUGGUGGGCUUGGUGUAUCUGGAGGCCACAGAAGAUGAUGGACCAAGUCUUGAGACACCAGGAAUUUUUUAUGAGGUGGUGGGCUUGGUGCACCUGGUGGUCAGGGGUGGUUGGACACCAGAGGUCAUAAACAUCAGCAAAUACUCAAACAACUCUCUCCCCACCAUUUUAAAGGUCACAGAAGAUGAUAGGAUUAGUUUUGGAUUGCCAAUAAUUUUUUGUGAUGCUAUAUUUGGUAGCAAGACAUGGUCGGCAGUAAAAUGA